CAGCUCACUAUGUGACAAUCCCAAGGGGUCUUUUGUGAUCCAACCCAUCACAUGUAUGAAGAGAAGGCCCCAACCUGAUGUUUACAGCCUGACAAUGUGACUCUCCAGCUUUUUGAGUUCAGGCCUGCUUCUUUUAAUUUCAAUACUUCCCCUUCUGGAAUAUCCAUUUUCCUUUACAGUUCUUUUAAAAAGUAUGUUAGUGGCAUUUGUUUGUUGUGAAGUACUUCCAGCUAUUUCACUGGCUUAUCAGCUGACCUGGCAGCUUUCCAAAGUAGCCAAGUCACAGGCAUAAGCUGUGGAGUGACUACAAUCUGGAUCAGCCCCAUGUCUCCAUGGUGACAGAAACUCCACAGUAGGAGUAGCAGACAAACCAGAGAAAAGAAAAUAUCCGCUUGAAUUACAGACUGCAGGAGGCAGCAGCUCCAUGCCUCAGGAUGAGAAGGACCCAGAGAUGUCCUGCCCUGUCAAUGAUCCAAAGGAGACUGAAUCAGAGGCAGGAGAUAUGGGAGACCUGUAUGAGGCUCUGGAGAAGCUCCACGGGCUCUCUGAUGGGGAGAAGGGGGAGAAGGCUCUGUUACGCUCACGCCUCCAUGAGCAAUCUCAGCUCAUCUGCAUAUUGAAAAAGCGAGCGGAUGAAUCUCUAAUGCGUUGCAAGGCACUGGAGAGGCUUAACAUGGAGCUGGAAGAGUUGAGGAUGGAGGAUCAUGUGAGACUGGAAAGUCAGACCCGGCGGGCCCAGCAGCUGGAGGAGCGCUUUAUGGACCUUGCUGCCAACCAUGAAGACAUGAUCCGCUUCAAAGAUGAGCACAAGCAGCAGAACAUGCUGCUGAGGGAGGAAAAUAAGCGCCUGAGACAGGAAAACCAAAGCCUUUUCAGCCAGGCUCUGAAGGAGAAAGAGGCUGAGGUUCUCCAUCUCACUUCCCAGGGGAAGAGGCUCUCUCAGGAAGUAGAUUCCUUCAAGAAGAAAUAUGCUGAAGAGAGCCGCAGAGCCCAGGAGCGAGAGAAGGAAUUAUUGGAAGCUCAGAGACAACAAGCCAGCGUCCAUGCCAAGGAAACUGAUUUACUGAGAAACCAGCUGCAGAGCUUAGAGGAGAAGCAUUGCCAAAUUGCUGCACAGUGGGAGCAGACAGAAAAGCAGAAAAAGGCUCAGGGCAGUGAGUUGCAAGCCAAGUUGGAGAAGGUGAGCCAGGAGAAAGAGGAGCUGCUGCAUCUGGCUAUGGAAAGGGGCAAGACACUGCAGGAGAAGCAACGGGAAAUUCAGCAGCUGGAGAAGAAGCUGGAGGCUGCAGAGAGGGCCAGGUUGACAGCAGAAGAGCGCUUUGUGAGAGAGGUAGCAGUAGUGGACAGCAACCUAAGGGUCCAAGAGCUGCAGCAACGUCUGGAAGGAAGUGAGCAAGCAUGUAGUGAGCUCUGGAUGCAGUUUGAUGCUUACAAGAAACACAGCACAGACUUACUAAAUAAAGAAAAAGAGCUAAAUAACAAACUCCGCCACUUCAUGUCAUAACCCCUCACUCUGUUGCAGCUGUUAAUGCACACCUGUUUAUUAGUAACCCUUUAACUAAAAUAAUAUUUAUCAGAUUUCUUUAGAAUGCCUCCAAGAUUUACAAAUCUUUUAUGAGACCUGAUUUGAAGACCAUUUUUUGUUUCCAUGCUACCCAUUUUGAAAUGGCAGCUUAAAAUGUGUCACUUUGAGUUAGCAAGACAAGUUAUGUUAAAUAAAACUGGGAAACAAAGGACUUUAAUUUAGAAAAUUCAU